AUGUCUGCCGACGAAGAUGUUCUCUACGGUCUCUAUGAUGAUGAUAUCAGUAUCAUCAAGGAGUGGACGAAGGCGACCGCCGUCACGCAUACCUUCUUUGGCAUCCACGCCACCUUGUACUUUAUCGCGGCGUACCUCCUCAUCAACCAGGGCAUCCGCAACAACAAGUCGCGGCUCUUCCUCUUCAUCUGCAGCACCAUCAUGUUCUUGACGUCGAUCGCGUACAUGUGUGUCUACAACGAAUACGUGCAGCUCAACUGGGAGCUGCUGCUCAUCACCCCGCCGGACAUCGAGAUCAAGCAGCGCAACCUGCAGAUUGUGACGAACUGCUUGCUCCGUUUGAACUUCAUGCUCAGCGACGCUAUCGUCGUCUGGCGCGCCUGGGCCUUGUUCAAGGACGAGGCGCGCGUUCAAUGGGGUCUCAUUAGCUGCCUUGCUGUCUCAUACGUGGGCACCAUCAUCGACAUCGUGCUCCUCGUUCUGGUCUAUAUGCUCGUGCUCGAGGACGUCCCGGAGUACAGUCUGAUCAUGACGAUUCCCCUUCUCUUGACCAACGUGAUCGCUACGGCGGCCAUCGGCUACAAGACCUGGGGCUACAAGAAGAUGGUCGGCGACCUCCUCCGGCAGGCGAAGCGCAUGACGGCCACUGAGCUCACCAUGCUGCUCCUUGUCGAGUCGGGCGCCAUCUACUGCAUCAUCUGGGCCCUCACCCUCGCCUCCGCUCUCGGCGUCAUGCCCGACACCGUCACGAGCCUGCUGCUCGAGGUGCUCUGCAUCAUCGCCGGCCUCUACCCGACGCUCGUCGUCAUUAUCGUCGCACUUCAGAAGUCCGUCAUCGACAGCGUCGCCUACAGCAGCGGUGGCAGCGACGUCCUCCCCACCUCCGCGCCGGCCUCGCUCCCCUCAAAGUCCGUACCCGCGUACAUUCCGUACCAGCAGACGAUGCAGAUCUCGACCACGGGCGCGAACUCGUUCACGGGUGCCAACUCGUACGCGGACAACAAGCUGGAGAAGGCGGAGUCAACGUCGUCGACCGGCCGCCGGUCGCCCCAGGACUUCAGCUUCGCAUGA